CUUCCUGCAACACUGUAUUUGUGCUGAAAGCUCGGAAAUGUUGUCAUCGUAACGAGGUGGUUUAAAGCGGGUCUUCACAUAACUCCGAAGAUCAAACACGCUCGACCGUUGGUGCAUCUGGAAUACAGCAAAGCCGCCACAGCACCCGAAUUAUUACGUCACAAGGAAUUCCUUUUAUAUUUUCUGCUGUGCAAAGGCGGGGAAUACAUAGCAUUGUGCCAUCAAUACAGUACUUUGAAUGCAUCCAGUAUACACCAAAGACACAACCAAGAAAGUACUUAACGACUUCACUUGUUGGAAGAUAACGGCAACUAACCCAGUACAUGGAUUAUCUGUGUUUCAGAGCACUCUGCUGCAAAGGACCUCCUCCUCCGAGACCAGAGUAUGAUGUGGUUUGCAUUGGUCUGACGGGCUCUGGCAAGACCAGUCUGCUUUCACGUCUUUGUAGUGAAGGCACAGAAACAGUUGUGCCUACCACAGGUUUUAGCAUCAAAGCAGUUCCGUUCCAGAACGCCAUCCUGAAUGUGAAGGAACUUGGAGGGGCUGACAAUAUCAAGAAGUAUUGGAGUCGAUAUUACCAAGGCUCCCAAGGGGUGAUAUUCGUACUGGACAGUGCUUCUUCAGAAGAGGAGCUAGAAAUCGCAAGAAACGAGCUUCACUCAGCCCUGCAGCACCCUCAGCUCUGCAUACUGCCUUUCUUAAUACUGGCCAACCAUCAAGACAAGCCAGCAGCCCGCUCUCUACAAGAGAUAAAGAAGUAUUUUGAGCUGGAGCCCCUGGCCCGGGGGAAGCGAUGGAUUCUGCAGCCCUCGUCGCUGGAGAACAUGGAGGCAGUAAGAGAAAGCUUCAUCCAGCUCAUCGGCCAGCUGGAAGAGAAGGAUCUGGAGCCUGGAAGAGUAUGACAUGUCUGGAAAUCCACACCGAUAGCACAAACUGUCCUGAGAAACACAUCCAUGUUUAACUGUACUGUAUAUGUCGUUGUGUACGAGUGGUGUAUGUGAUGGUGUAUUUUAAUAUAACUGGAUGAGAUCCUAAAAAGCCACUGGCAACAUAUUCAAUCCAUUUUAAAUUAAAUGUAAAAAUAAAUAAAUAAAUACAAACUCAUACUACUAAACUAGAAAAAACUAAAUCUUGUUUACCACUAUUUGUGCUAUUUUAUUUAAACUGUGUAGAGAAAAUAACAUGUUGGGCAUUUGUUGAAAUGAAACUUUUUCU